GACCCCUGGCACCGGUUUGGUAAAACCGCCGGGUUGCUGUAGGCUUUUCCAGAGAGAUCCUUCCCCGCCCUCCCCUCCCCAGGCAGCACCAUUGGACCGAUGGGAUGCAGCAAGGCACGUGUGGAAAAUAAAGCAAAAAAAAAUUAAAAUAAAAUAAAAGGAAGAAAAAACCCCUUUUUCCUGCGGGGAGCCGCCGGGGCCGGGGCGCGGGGAGCAGCCCUAGCCCUUUAACGGCCCACCCGCGGCGGCAGCUGGCCGCUAUUUAUAAGCCGCGGCGGCGGGCGCUGGGUGUCCUGCGCGGGGCGGUCCCGGUAGCGGCGGCAGGGCCCGGGCCGGAGGCUGCCAUGGCCACGGCGCUCUCCUCCACACCGGCCAGCGAGAGCCGCUCCCUCAGCCGCGCCGCCGUCUCGCCGCUGAGCCCGACGCGGCUCACCCGGCUGCAGGAGAAGGAGGAGCUGCGGCAGCUCAAUGACCGCCUGGCCGCCUACAUCGAGCGGGUGCGGGCGCUGGAGGCCGACAAGUCGGCGCUGCAGCAGCGGCUGGCUGAGCAGGAGGCGGGCAGCGACCGGGAGCUGGGCAACCUGCGGCUCCGCUAUGAGGCGGAGCUGGCCGACGCCCGCCGGGCGCUGGACGACAUCGCCAUCGAGCGGGCCACACUGCAGGUGGAGCUGGGCAAGAUCGGCGAGGAGCACCGGCAGCUGCAUAGCAGGAGUUCAAAAAAAGAAGCUGAUUUAAACCUGGCACAGGCUCGUAUGAGAGACCUUGAUGCUCAGCUGAAUGCAAAGGAAGCUGACUUAGCAACAGCUUUGAAUGAGAACCGAAGUUUGGAGAAGGACCUUCGUGAAUUAAAGGAUCAAGUAGUCACUCUGGAGCUGUCAUUGGAAGAUACCAAAAAGCAUCUCCACAGUGAAAUGUUGAGGAGGGUGGACCUGGAAAAUCAUAUGAAAACUCUGCAGGAACAAAUGACGUUCCAGAAGCGCCUUCAUGAAGAUGAGCUUAAGGAGGCAAAAAGAGUCCAUGAGAUCAGGAUAGCAGAAAUAGAGUCUGGCCGUCAGAGAGAGCUUGAGAGUAAGCUCUCGGAUGCUCUGCAGGGGCUCAGAAAACAUCAUGAAGAACAAAUUCAAGCAUACAAAGAGGAGCUGGAGCGAACAUUUGGUGCAAAAGUGGAGAAUGCCCAACUAUCUGCAGCAAAAAAUAGUGACCUUGCCAAUGCUGCUCGGGAGGAACUGAUGGAAACGAAGUUGAGAGUUGAUUCUCUGACAUCUCAAGUUAAUCAGUAUCAAAGCCAGAAUGUUGCUUUGGAGAACAGAAUAAGGGAGCUACAGGAGACACUAGAUUAUGAUCGUGAUCUCCAUCGAAGGCGUAUGGCUGAAAAGGAGAAAGAAAUGGUACAAGCCCAGCAGCAGGCACAAGCACAGCUGGAAGAAUAUGAGCACCUCUUAGAUGUGAAACUGGCUCUAGAUCUGGAAAUAAAUGCCUACAGAAAGAUGCUGGAAGGAGAGGAACAGAGGCUAAAGCUGUCACCCAGUCCAUCCUCACACAGCACUGCAACUCAAGCAACAAGUCAAGGGCGGCGGUUCCUGCAUGGGAAAAAAAGGAAAAUUAAAGAAGCCAAAAAGAAAGGGCAUAGCACUGGAUUUAAGACUGUUCAGCAUGCUUCAUCUUCUGGAAGUGUAUCUAUUGAAGAAAUUGAUGCAGAUGGGAAAUUUGUCAGGCUUAAAAACAACUCCGAUGAGGAUCAACCACUACAUGGAUGGGUGUUAAGAAGACAUCUUGGAAGUGUGUCAGAUGUAACAUACAAAUUUCCUUCACAUUUUACUCUUCAGGCAGGCCAAGUAGUUACAAUCUGGGGUGCAGCUGCUGGUGUAAGCCCAGGUCCUAGUGAUCUGGUCUGGAAGUCUCAGAAGUCUUGGGGAACUGGGGAUAAUAUUGGCGUUACCCUCAUCACAGAUGAUGGUGAGGAACUUGCAGAGAGGAAGAUAAUGCAUGUACCCAGAAGAGAAGAAAGUGGUGAGCAAGAUGAUGAUUAUGAAGAAAUAACUGAGAGUGAAAUGGAGUUACCAUCUCGGACUAAAAGAAGAAGAAAAAAGAAAUGUUGUUUGGUUUCAUGAUAGUGGUUCCAGUGAGCAUCCUUAAGCAGCAAAGUGAGGAUUCUAGCUGUUCUAUCAUGUAAUGUGGACAAAGAGAUGAUCAUCUGAAAACACUUAAUCCCAGGUGACAUAGACAAUGUGUUUUGGUAUCUUCUGCAAUAUAUGGAACUUGGAAUUCACACCUCCCAUCUGACCUCUUCGUAAGAAACAUUGUCCGUAACAUGAUGGAAUUUCCUACCUUCUGAUACUGGAACCUGUCCAUGGAUUCACUGAUAUAAAGAGGAGUAGAACACAAGCUCCAUGUGAACUUAUUUUUACUUUAACCCAAGGAUCUGGUUUCCAUGACCUGCUGAAACAGAAGGGGGUAUAGAGUUUACAAAACUUCUGAACAUAUGCCCUAGAAGGAUGCUAAAUACUUGACAGUGACCAGGAGGCUGCCUCAGCUUUCUCAAUAUUCUGCUAUGGUGUUUCUCUAAAGGUAACCUCUGUACUGUUUCAAGCCUGAGUGUGAAACUACAUAGACCAGAUCACACCCUAGCUUGCACCUUAAGCAAGUCUGAACUUGGAUGAAGUAAAACAUUAUCCUGAAAUGUGCUGAACGUCUGAAACGUUUCCUGCUCGGAUCCUGAUGCUGAAAUAUAUGAAACUGGUCUAGAUGACUUGCUAGACAACUUCUUAGAGUGAAACAUUUUAAAAUUAAAAGUUGUAAAAAAAAAUUCUUGUCUUAUUAAAUGUACUGUUUCUGUAUUCUAGCACCUGGAACUCUACCAGUUUUGGUAUUGUAUGUUCCUAGAUACAGUGUAUCGUAGCAUAGCUGUAUCAACCUUAACUUGGACAGAUGUAUCCUAUAAAUGUGAAAGAGCAUCUCAUUCCAACAGAGAAGGUACUGUAACUAGUAAUAUUAGCACUGUUUGGUCCCAACAAGCCAGCUUUCUAAGGGGCUAGGAAAAAAGCCCAUGUGGAAACAAAAACCAAAACCAGAAAGCACCAACUGUAGUAAAGGUACCUCAAAAAUAUCUGCUCUUAGAGUUCUUAUAUACCAAACCUCUGUGCAGUCUGCAGUACCCCUUUGUGUAUGUCUAAUGGGGCAGCUGGGGAAUACUGUCUAUUGGCCAGUAUGGAAUUUAGUGUAACUUUAAUAGCUCUAUAGUCCAUGUAAAGCCUGACCUACAACCCUCAGAAACAAGGCAGUCAGCCUCUGGGGCCACUGCAUUAAAUUAUUCUUAGUGUCUUUUUACUAAAAUGCUUACCUGCUGGCUCCAGGGUAAAGAAAGGGCCUUGAUGAACCACAUAAAGUACGCUUCUCCUUAAGAGCCUGAGGGUAGGGGAGCAGCUGAGAUGGCAGAAUUCUCCAAAUGCUGGAAGAGUUUUUUUUGACUGCCUCUUACCUUGGCAAACUAUUUGGUUCUGAAUUUAAGGUCUGUUGUGUAUUAGGAUGCAGUUGUAAAGGUGAGGCUUUCCUUAUACUAGCUUAAAUUCUCAAGUUAUUUAAGAAGUCUAGUUUUGAGACAUCAAGAAUAGAUGCUGGUUUAAUACUUGCAUUUUAGCAGAUCUGCCUUGUACCUUAUGGCCCAUAUUAGAAGUGUUGCUAUAACCUUGCUAUAUUUAUCUUGAUUUCUUAAAACUUUUUUUAACUAUUAAAGAUAUUUUUCAUGCAU